GCUUCCUCCGCUACUAGGGCGGGCCGGAACUUUUGUCAGCCGGAACCGGUGUACGGCGCUCAGUGUUGUCGACCGGCGUCAAGGCGACGAGGGUGCUGUUCUCUUCCUCUGGCUGCGGUUGCCGUGGAGUUCAGUCCAGCCAGUCUGAUUGAGGAGCACAGUCGCCUGGACUGUGUCUAUGGUCGCUCCGCGGGCCGCUUUGCCGGCUGGUGCUUUUGUAUCAGGGCAAGCAGUAUUCCAUGGCAGGGAACUUCUGGCAGAGCUCCCACUAUUUGCAGUGGAUUUUGGAUAAACAAGAUCUGUUGAAAGAGCGCCAGAAAGACCUAAAGUUUCUCUCAGAAGAGGAGUAUUGGAAAUUACAGAUAUUUUUUACAAAUGUUAUCCAAGCAUUAGGUGAACAUCUUAAAUUAAGACAACAAGUUAUUGCUACUGCUACAGUCUAUUUCAAGAGAUUUUAUGCUAGGUAUUCUCUGAAAAGUAUAGAUCCUGUAUUAAUGGCUCCUACAUGUGUGUUUCUGGCAUCCAAAGUAGAGGAAUUUGGUGUCGUCUCAAAUACAAGAUUGAUUGCUGCUACUACUUCUGUAUUAAAAACUAGAUUUUCAUAUGCCUUUCCAAAGGAAUUUCCUUACAGGAUGAAUCAUAUACUAGAAUGUGAAUUUUACCUCCUAGAAUUAAUGGACUGUUGCUUGAUAGUGUAUCAUCCGUAUAGACCUUUGCUCCAGUACGUGCAGGACAUGGGCCAAGAAGACGUGUUGCUUCCGCUUGCAUGGAGGAUAGUGAAUGAUACCUACAGGACGGAUCUUUGUCUUCUGUACCCUCCUUUCAUGAUAGCUUUAGCUUGCCUACAUGUAGCCUGUGUUGUACAACAGAAAGAUGCUAGACAAUGGUUUGCAGAACUUUCUGUGGAUAUGGAGAAGAUUUUGGAAAUAAUCAGGGUUAUUUUAAAACUGUAUGAGCAGUGGAAGAAUUUUGAUGAGAGAAAAGAGAUGGCAACUAUUCUUAGUAAGAUGCCGAAGCCAAAGCCACCUCCAAACAGAAGCUCCCUGAGUGAUUCUCCACUAAUGGCAGGGCCUGACGCUGCAAGAUGAUGAUGGACAAGAUAAGGCAAUCUCCGAUUGUCACAGUUACUGUGAAGGAGAGCAGGGUCCAAAUGGAAGUCAGAACUCUAGCUACAGCCAAUCUUAAAACACCCUGAAGAAUUCCGUAGUGGACCACUUGGAAGUAAAGCAUUGGACAAUUUGAGUAAUGUCUUCAUUGGAAAGCAGAUGCAAACGAAUAGCUUGUUUCUGUCAAGCAUAUUGGGAAUUGACUUAAUUUUCACAAAAUAAGGGAUUUUUUCCUAACUUGAUUCUAGUUUGUAAUUUAUUAAAUAUUAAUUAUAAAAUUUAGUAAGCCUCUAAAGGAACCAAUAGCCAUACACAGACAUUUCAGAGUUAACUUCUCUCUCACAUACACAUAUGUAUGUAGACACAUAUGAAUACUGUUUUUUGAUUAGGAAAUUGAAGGUUUUUUUAUUUUUAAUUAAUAAUAGCUUCUUUUUAAUUAAGCAGGAAACAUGAAAUAUCAUUUGUUCACAUUUUUCUUUGAGCAAAGAAAAAUUUUGAGGGACCAAAAAAGACAUAAAAACUCAAUAAAACUCCCCCCAACUCAGUUAAAUUUUCAAAGUGGAUUUAAGAAAUUAAAUCUUAGAAAAUCCUAGGUUUUAGAAAUGAUAAUUACAAGUUGAGGGAGAUUAAUCAAGAACUUACUGAUUUUAAAAUGUAUUCAAUACUUUUGUAUCAUCACAGAAGAUACCAGCCCAGCCUAUCAAAAAAGUGCAAUAUAUAUAGAGAGAGCAUACAUUGACAUUUUAAAGGUUGUAUUGACUUACUAGCUGUUUUGAAAUGCUGGGAAACCUGAAAGAAAAGGUUAUUUGCAACUAAUUUAUAGUUAAUAAGCAUUUUAAAAGUUUAAUUUGAUUAAACGCUUAAGUUAAAAUUUGGUGAAAUUUUAAUGUCCUGAAAAUGUUUUAUGAAACAUAUACACCCAGUUUAAUUUUGUGUUUUAGUGUAAGCUAACAUAUGUACAGCAGGAAUUCUGAAUCGGGAACCUAGUCAGGUUUUAGACCAGUGAGAUUCUUAAUUCUCACAGGUGUAGACUUCAGAAUAAAUGUUACAUUUUAAAUUAAAUGUGGAACUUCAAGAAUUAACUCAUUUUCUUCAGACUUGAAGAAGAAUAAGUAAAACUUGGAGUAAUGGAAUAUUAUUGUGUAGUUUUGCACUUUUAAAACAAAUAAAUCAUGAAAAAAAUAGUACCAAGUGUUGACUUCCUGGUUAAAAUUAGAAGAAUAAAAGUUAAGCUUUUCAGCUAUAUUCACUAAUGUCUUGAAUUCCUGCUGCUAAGUUUGACUUAGGUUUUCUGAGAAUCUUUGUGCGUGUUAAAGUAGAACCUUAAACUUUGUUAAGGGGUGGUUUUGUACAGUUUAUGAAUAGGUUGUUGGGAAAGUUCUACUUCUUAUGGAGAAUAUCUGAUGCAGAUGCGCUGGAAAGGAGACUUUACACUGGUACAAAUAUGGGUUCUCCUAAAGCUGUAUAAGGACAAGAAACAAACAGGCUCUCCCCAGGCCUGAAGGGGUUAAUCCAAAUCCAAGUUUAGCUUGGAUACUUGGUGAUUCUUAUCACAGCCAUUAACUAUAGUUUAAUCUUCAAGCUUUUUUUUUAAAUCUAGUUUCUUUUUUCAGAUUUAUCUUUGUGCUUCCUAGUUUUCUUUGCAAGUGCUAUUGUGGAAAAUGAAGAAUUUGCAAGAGCAGACAAAGCAGUGAAAUAAACCUCCAUGUGUGUAUGGUCUAGCCUCAGCUACUACUGAUUCAUAGCCAGUUUUACCUUAUUUAAACUUCCACACUAGUCUCCAGUUUGUAUAUUAUUUUGAAGAAAAUUUUAGAUAUACCAUUUUAUCCAUAAAUAUUUCAUUCUCCUAAUAGGUAAAAUAAUUAUUUAAUAUAUUAAAAUUCUCAAUCUCCUGAACAUUGCAGAGCAUUCUUUGUAUUCAUUUAUAAAUCCAUUUAGUUUUAGAUUCAUGAGUUCUUCCUCCAUGCUAUAAAAACAUUCCCUGUUUUCAUUUGUUCAUGCGUUAAGUUUCCCAUAGCCUAAGUUUUACUGUGAACAUCUUUAGCAUGUCAUUUAGUGAGGGGUUUUUCCUCCUUUGUAGUUCUGUACAUUGAUAAUUGAAUAUGAAGGCUGAUCACAUUGAGAUUCUUUUUUAUUUUGGCUAGACUACUGUAAGGUGGCCGUUCCUUGUAUUAGUCAACACACAGUGGCUGUUGCUGGAUUGUCCUCACUUAUGACAAGUACAGAUUCAGAAUCAGUCAGUCAGUCUUAGGCACACUGUCCAGUCUCAGAGCCACCAGCCACUUAGGGCUGAACAGUUACUAUGUGGCUCGUCUGAAUGCAGAUAUGCUGUAAAUGUGCAAACAUGUUGGAUUUCAGGUAAUUAUAAUACAAAACAAAAUAAUGUUAAAAAUCUCAAUUUGUUUAUAACCAUUAUGUGUUUUAAAUGAUAAUAUUUUGGAUACGUAGAAUUAAAUAAAACAUUAUUAAAAUUUU